GGAGUAGCAGUGACAAAGCGACGCGAGGGCCUCCCGUAAGACCGCGGAAGGAGAACAAUGACGCACAGGGAUCGAAGCAGAAUAUCUUGGGGUCCCUCCUGACCCAGAUCGGCCCGUCCAUCCUCGAGGGCGCGCUGUCGAAGGUCGCGCACAAUGGCCGAGGCAAUCCUGAAGGACAACAGACGCAGGGAAGCCCCUUGACGACCCUCUUCAGCCAGGUCGGGCCGAGUCUGCUGAGUGGAUUCCUGCAGAACGGGAAGGGUCCUUCGGCUCGAGGAAACGGAGGGAGCGAAUCGAGUCCAUUGCAGUCCAUCAUGAGCGGCUUGGGUCCGGUGCUUCUGGCCGGAGCUGUAUCCCAAGGACUCGGCGGAAAUGGCAGGGACAAGGACGCCCAGAGUCCUAUCCAGUCGAUGAUCAGCAACCUCGGACCGCAACUGAUGAGCAGCGUCAUAAAGCAAGGACUGGGUGCGGGAAAAGGCCGGUCUCAGGAUCCUGGUCCCGUGGAGUCCAUUAUCAGCGGCUUGGGUCCUCUGCUAGGAAAGGCAGUGCAAAGUUCCUUCCAGGGAGACAGCGGCAAGAGCCCUGUAGUCUCGAUCCUCAGCGGUCUAGGAUCCAAUCUAUUAUCAGGAAUGACCAAAAAUGGACAAGAUAAAAAUAGAUAUAACGGUUUCCCUCAGCACAACCCGCCUCAGGUAAGGGGACCAAACCCACAGGUGCCGCCAAGGACUCGACAGCGAACCGACAGCAGCAACGCGUCCCUCCCCAGGACUCCUUCGACAGGAUCACCCAACUUCCGGGAAGGAGAGAGUCCCAGACGAGAACCGGAAGGACUGAAGGAGGUUCAGCUCUCGGCCGGAGAAGGAGAACAAGAACACCAAGCAAGAACAGAAGACGACAACACCGCGGCUGCCCAACCCCCCCUCCUCCGCCUGGCCGCUGGGAGCCUACUGGAGUGGCUUCCAGAUCGGCUCUCCGUUCCCCAGGCGAACUCCACGCGGGGGGCCUGGGAGAUGGCCGUCAACCUCGCCCUCGGAAACCCCAAGGAGCAGCAAGGGAAGGAAGAGUCAGUUCUGGUCCUGGAUGAGACAGCUGAGCGGCUCUGACCAGCAAUCCAGUCCCAGAGCGGCCACCUGGAUAUUACAAGCACUUCGUAAUCCAGCUCGGACCGCCCACGCCCAAGCAAUCUCGGACUUCUAUGAUGCUAUGGCCAGAGUCCAGCCAAUAUGCCAGGCGAUGGAAACUGUGGGAGGUCUUUAUAACUGGA